UACCGAUCAAACAAUCUUUGAAACCGUAGUGAACUUGCUGGUUUCCACGGCUACCGACACGUCGCCUCUGCGAGUUUCGCGAGUUUUCACACCUCCUUCCGCAGUGGUGGCUGCUCUGCAAGCAGCGCAGCUCGUGCAAGUCGUUCAUCGACCAUGGCCGAAAAAGACGACAGCGCCUGGGUUUUCGACUCGCUGGUGGGCUUCUUGCAAGGUCCAAUAUGGUCGGCUCCGCUGCUCACCUUCAUCGAGGAGAAAUCUUUAAUAUUCGAGCCGGAAACGUACGACAGCAAAGAGUACCGUGAGGUCUACCAGGAGUACAAAAACCUAGUCGACCUGCUGCUCGGCUGCUACAUGGAAGACAUGGCAAUCAGUCCGGAGCAGUUCGAACGAGCUUGCACGCUGAACAAGAGCACGCAAGUACCGGUGCAGUUCCAACAGUUGUUCCCGGCGAACGUUGCGCAGACCUUGUUCGAGCAAAUCUGGGCGGCCAACGAGUACCAGGUAUUCAAGCGCAUGAUGAUCCAAAAGAACUUGGAGCUGCAGCUGCAAGCGCUCAAGAUGAUCGAGCAGAAAUUCGGCCUGACGCCGGCUUCCCUGAGCAGCCAGCCCGAACACUUCUUGGACGAGGAGCUGCCGAUGGAGCAGAUUCUUCAGAAUGAAAAUGCCGACGGCAGCGAUCGAGCGCACGACGACGAGCCGACGGCAGAUCUGGAGCUCGAUCUGGACAAGGACGAAAACGAAAUUCGACUGGAGCACGAACGACUGACGACCAAGUACAAGGACGAAAGCGAGCUCCUGAGGGAGGCGCUGAAAAAAUCGAGCGUCAAUUCGCCUAUCCUCGAGGAGGACGAGCAAGAGCAGCCAGCACUACACCAAGACCCAAUGGGCAUUCACGAACUGGACGCUUCCGCGAAUUUCAGCAUCAAGCCUAAGGAGGAAGCAAAAGAAGAGGACGUACGUAAGAGGCAGCUCUACCUGAAGGCGCAGCGCGACAAAUUGGUUGCCUUGAAGAAACAAGCGCGCAGUCAAAGACUCGGUGGCGUCAGCGGUGCUAGCGCCUCGUCGACAAGGCCAAGCUCGGCGAAAAUCGUCGCCGAGGCGAGCAUCGACGGCAAGCAACAGGAGUUCAAUGCACAGCCUAUGGAUUCUUCGAUACUGCAGGUUCGCAAAGCCCUCGGCCGCCAGACUCAAGGCCGAAGUUGUAUACAAGUGAACUGCUCUCUCGUUUGUGCGCUUCACCUUCAUUUUCAUGUCUAUUUUAUUCGCCUCUCGCCUAGUUUUACUAUUACAACCCGUCACUUACAAAUUAUAACUCGCUAUCGACAGUUCGCUACAAAUGAAACCAGUUAGUCGGCAAUCGGUCAGAUAGAGCCUCGUCGUACGCCUGACCGUCCAAAUAAAUAAUGCCCCAGCUUGGAAAAAAUGUAAUACGAUAUGUGUGUCUGUGUGUGUGUGGUGUGUGUGUGUGUGUGUGUGUGUGUGCGCGCGCGCGCGCGUGCGCGUGCGUGCGUGUACAGGUCGCUUUGUUUUUUCUCAGUUUUGUUUUCUGUAUCAUUCGGUGUGGAUGGAUAUGCGUACGUGGUUUACACUAUAUAAUUUGCCUUGAAAACUAGUAGACCGUGUCAUCUAAAUUUCAUUGUUUUAUUUAAUUAAAUAUUCAACUCACUUUUACAACGCACAUGUUCGUUCGCAACAAUGACAAUCGCUCAUUUACCUCGUUAGCCUCUUAAUCGCCUCGAGAUUCAUAGCAGGAAACGAAAACAAGAAAGAAAAGAAUAUACAUUUUUCUCACAUUUUCUUAUUUCCCAUUUGUCUUAAUUAUCAAUAUCAGUGCUUAAUGAGUUGUAGGAAUUAAAAUAUUUGCACACAUCACAUUUCAGUUAUUCCACUUGCUGAUGAUUUUCAUGCUGAUUCAACUUGAUUUCAUUCAUUCAUGGUCUUCAC